CCUCCAGACUUGGCCCUGUCAGCUGCUCUGCUCUAGGCUGAGUCGAGCUGCGUUUUUUAUUCGGGUCUGCACUUUAUUUGGAAACUGAUUGUCAACCGAACCGUCCUUGAGAAGGGCACCGACCUGGGAAAAUGAUGGUUCCGGAACCGCUGCGUUCAGCUAUGACUAUCAGGGGCGUGGAGGACACGUCGCUCGCGGUGCCGUCCGACAACAGGCUGCGCUCCGGACAGCAGCGCGUGCUGGAUCAAGUGCACACCAUCAAGAGGAGCAAGUCAAAAUCUGGGAAGAACGGCACAGUAUCGCCCACAGCUAUAAGCCCACUACCGCAGUCGCAGUCAACAUAUGAGUUUGGAACCUUCAAGUUUUCUCCGACCAAACUAAACGGCUUGUUCAGCCGCUCCAACUCCACUCAGUCAGGAGGCUACAGCAGCAAAGUGGGACAUACUCAGAGGAGUCGCACUCUAUCUGCUAAAGCCUCCAAAGGAGCACAUUACCUAAGCUCAGGUGUAUGGGAACAGAACAACUUUGCCAACCAGUGCCAGACUUCAAAUGGGCUGAGAACCGCUCGCAGUGACCCGGCCUUGGCUCAUCAAUUUGUUGCUGUUCCUGCAGGCGGAACCGUUAUGAGAACCAAAGGACAGGUGGUCCAGAACAACACCAUCCAGAAUCGAGUCAAUAGACAUAGCGUCUAUUCUACGACCAGUAACCAACAGAUGACCAACAGCCAGACACGCAUCGGCAAGCCGCCCUCCAUGCACUCUGUGACUGACGGCAGGAUGGGCACCAUCAAAAUGUUCAACACCGAGCAGAUAUCAGCGGUGAACAGCUCCGCGAACAUGUCAGAUAUGACCCUGAGGCAGGCUGUAGAGUUCCUCUCUCACUCCGAUGAGAAUUACCAGCAACUUGGAGCCAGUUUCAUUCAACACACCACCUACAAAGAGGAGGCCAGCAAACAGGAGGUUUCCAAACUAGGAGGUAUUCCGGCUCUUGUGACGCUGCUGCGGAGCGCCAACCCUGGGGUGAGCCAGGCUUCUGCUGGCGCUCUGAGGAACCUGGUGUUUAAAGACCAGGCCAACAAGCUGGAGGUUCAGCACUGUGGCGGUAUCGCUAAGUCCCUGCAGCUACUGAAGGAGUCAGAUUCUACUGAGACCCAGAAACAAAUAACUGGCCUGCUCUGGAACCUGUCCUCUGCCGAAGAGCUGAAGGCAGAGCUCAUCGCAACAGCGCUGCCCGCCCUGACUGAGAAUGUGGUGGUACCUUUCACCUGCUGGUCAGACAAAAGCACCAACAACAACAUCCACCCUGAUGUCUUCUACAGCGCGACAGGGUGCCUGCGGAACCUGAGCUCCGGCAAAAAGAAGGAGAGAGUGGCAAUGAGAGAUUGCAGUGGCCUCAUCGACUCCCUCAUGAGUUACAUGCAGUCCUGUGUGGCGGAGGACAACCCUGAUGACAAGUCUGUGGAGAACUGUGCAUGCAUCCUCCAUAACUUGACCUACAGGCUGGAGGACGAGUCCCCUGGGUGCUACAGCAAGUUCCAACCUGUGGAAAAGAAAAGCUCCACGGUUGGAUGCUUCAGCCCCAAGAGCAGCAAGGCCCAAAAGGAGUUUUCACUUGACGCGGUACGGGGGAUGCCAGAGGAGAGCACCCCGUCAGGUGUGAACUGGUUGUGCCAUUCCAAAGCCAUGCAGACCUAUAUGUCUCUGCUGGGCUCGUCCAAGAAAGAUUCCACCCUGGAAGCCUGCUGCGGUGCCCUCCAGAACCUCACCAGCUCCCAGGGAUUUGGGUCCAGUGCCAUGAGUCAGUUAAUGGUUCAAAAGAUGGGGGCUCUCAUAAACAUACCACCCCUUUUAAAAUCUUCUAACCCGAGCGUGCAGAAGACUGCCCUGUCCCUGCUGGGUAACAUGUCUCGGACCAGCAGUUUGCAGAGCUCCAUGGCAAAGCAGAUUCUGCCUGAGAUCACCAGCCUCCUCUCCUCUUCCCCGAAAGUGAUGGGAAACUCAGACGAAACCAUAGUAUCAGCUUGCAACACAGCACGCAAUCUGAUGUUUGCCAACACUGAGAUGAGCAAGAGUGUCGUCGAUAAUAGUCUGGUGUUAUCAAUGUGCGAGCUCAGCAAGAACGGGUCUUUCCCAAAAGGCAGCAAAGCAGCUUCGCUGUUUCUCUACAGCUUAUGGAAUGAUAAGAAUUUGCAAGGCAUUGUGAAAAAGAUGGGGUUUGACAAAUCACUUUUUGUCAAUGAUUACACCACUUCAUUGUACAACAUGAUGCAACAGUGAGUGACAGCAGAGUAGAACAGCACCACAGAGAUCGAGAAGUUUGAUUGUUUCUGAAAUACUUGCAUCUGCAUAUCUUCCGAUUUAAAGGCUUAGUUGGGCCACAUUGAGCUGAAUUCUUCUUAUGAGGUUUAACUUUUUAUUUUAUUUUCCUGCAUUUACUCCUGUGUGUGUGCUCGCAGUUGAAAACCAACAUGUUUGGACACUGCUGUGGGCACACCCUUGCAACAAAGAGAGCAAUCAUUCAUUGUACAUCAAAAAGAGAGCUUUUCAUUUCCUGGAUAAUUUUGUGGUGUGUUAGGUAUGUAAUUUGGAUCUGUUUCUGUCUGUGUAUAUAAAGGGUGAGUGUGUGUUUGGUAGGUGAAGUGUGCAUGGCUGCAGAAACCCGGUUCUUCCGGCCUGAGAAGUGCAGUACACCAGACAAUGUUAUCUGCAGGGAAAGUUACUUAAGCCAUGCAGAGAUUAUCUGGUUUCCUGAAUGCAAUUGUUUGUUUGUAUGCAGUUAAAAUGUUCUUAUCCUUACCUUCUGCUGCCUUAAGGGCUGAGCAGCCAAACAAUAAAGUAAUAGGAAAAGUUAAAAUGAGAUACACUUUCUGUAUCUUUGAUAUUGUGGCUUUCACAUGACAGGAAAUAAUUAUAACUUUACAUUGCAGUACUAAAUCUAAAGGCUUUGUGCCUUUUGAUUUAGUACUUUGGGCUUUGUUGUUUUGUCAUUAGUUUUUUUGUUAAUUCGUUUUUUAGAACUGUGUUUUGUCUUGUUUUAAUAGAGUAAUUGGAGACUUUUCUAGCUUCUACAAUCUUAGUUAUGUUCACGGAUAACAUACAAUGUAUUUUUAAGAUAUAAAAUAUUACAAAAUGUUAACAUAUACUAAGUGUUAUAAGUCUGUUAGAUUAGAAUGAUACAUAUGAACUGGAAUAGAUUUUAACAUUGAAAUAGUAUUUGUUAAAGUAUGAAGCCUUCUGUAAAAAUGUUUUUUUUAUAAUACAUGAAUCUGAAACUGUUCAUGGACCCCCUGGCAGAGUGCCACAGGCUCAACAUGUAACCCCAUCUGUGUCCAUUCACUUUGGUUAACUAUGUAUAUAAAAGUGGAGCAUUAUUAACAGUCAGUUAUCGCCCUGAAAACACUUUUGAGUCUAAUUGAAUAAUUAUCAACAGAUAACAUAACUCGACACAUGCAGUGUUAGCUGCUGGCUGCACAUUAAGAGCCUUUAAGUGUGAUUCAACCGAAGUCUCAAUAGGGAGAUAAUAAAGGGGCUGUGCCCUCGAACGCAGGUCUAAUGAAUUAUUAUCCGUCUACACCCCCUCAGGGAGGAGAAGUUGCAUCUUUAACCAAACAGUAUAUGUAAAUGAUUUUUUAUUUUAAAAAAACCUGAUUCUUCACCUAAAACUGUCCUAUGUAAGGUUUGCUACUUUGGCUAAACACUAUAAUAGGAUCAUUACUCACCUCAUAACCAGAUCUUUCAGGAAAGACACAAUAUGUCUUUCCUGAAAACCGGUUUUAAAUCCUACUACAAUGCUUUUUUAAAGACCCAGCACAACAAAUAUUUGAAGCAAAGAUAAUAGAUAGUGAAAACCUUCAGGGAUUUUCAAUGACUCCAACAAUAAACUACAGUGGACUGUUUUUGAGCUUUAGUUAUCCUGCUGAUGUUCCUUUCAAUCUGGGAAGAUUGAUGUCAGUAUUGCUUAGAAAUGUGUUUUGUAAUAAGUAAGAAAUGUGUGUGUGUGUGUGUGUGUGUGUGUGUGUGUGUGUGUGUGUGUGUGUGUGUGUGUGUGUGUGUGUGUGUGUGUGUGUGUGUGUGUGUGUGUGUGUGUGUGUGUGUGUGUGGCUUAUAAUUAGGAGCUUCUCCUGUCACAGUCUGUACAGAGAAUAAAUAAUGCAUAUCAAAAACUA